AUGUCUCCCAGAGCCCCUUCGCCCAGACCGGGCCCUGAUGCCGCAGCUGCGAGCAACCGCACCAAGGAGGAGAACCAGGAACGUGCAUUCAUUGCCGCUUCCAGGCGCAAAGACCGCAGUUUGGAUGCUCGCAUCGAGUCAGCCAACCGCGCCUCGAGCCUGCACAAGCAGCGCACGGGCAGAGCCCUGCACAUCACCCGCGAGAUCGUGCAGGACGAGUCCAUGUAUGAGGAGAUCGACGACACGUACCGCACCAAGCUGCAGCAGUACAUGCGCGCGCAGAACAUGCAGCUGAGCCGCGACUUUGACAACUCGCUGCUGGCGGGCUUCACGCCCUCUGGUGGCAUGCCGACGCUGCAGAUGCCCAGCGCCUCGCAGGGCCAGACUCCCCCCCAUCUCGCCAGCGCCUCGCCGAGUUUCUCAUCCAGCCUGAACAUGCCCACUCUAACGCAGAAUCUGCCCGCAAUGCACAUCCGGCCCCGGGGCUCCCACAGCGGGCCAAGGGGAGGCCACGGCCCCAACCACCAGCGGCGAGCAUCCAGCGUUGCACCCGCCGGCCCGAUCCACGCAGGCCGCAAGAUGAGCCUUGAUUUCACCCAGCUGCGAUCCGGCUCCAUCUCUGGCCCAAGCACCGAUCUCAACGCGACCCCAGGAAGCUUCUCACCGUCGUAUCCAACCCCGGGGCCCAUCCAGGCCCAGGCCCAGCCGCAGUCACAGUCGCAGGCCCAGGCCCAGAUGCCCGCCUAUGUUGCGUCCACCCCCACCUACGCCGUGCGCCCCCAGCAGCAGCAGCAGCAGCAGCAGCAACACCACCAGUUGAUGCAGUCGUUCGACGGCCUCUUCCAGGGACACGCAAUGUCUCCGUCCGCUUCGUUUGGCGGCAUCCCGAUGCACACCCCCCAGUUCCGCAACCGCAUUGGGUCGGCGCCCACCAUCCCCGUGCGGGCUCAGGCGCAGGCGUUGUCGCUGGCACAGAGUCACUCGCGAGCAGGCGGGCAGCACUCGCGGAACCGGUCGGAGCCCACUCCCGCGGCGGCAGAAGUGCCCACGCCCUCGUCGUCGUCGUCGUCCUUCUCGCUGGGCUUCUUCCCGCACAGCUCGUCCAACUCCGACAGCACCUCGACGGAGAUGAUGACCACCCCCGGCAGCACCUCGCCUCACACCCCCGUCUCGCAGGCCUCCUCCAACCUGCGCCACAACCUGUCCAGCCUGGACUUGACCGACACCGCAAACGACGCCGCAAAGUUCGACACCGACCAGCAGCUGCAGAGCUUCGGCCUGCAUCUCGGCCUUGGGGCCUUCCCUCACCAGUCGGCCGACCAGGACUUUGUCGACUUUAGCGACUUUGCGGCCACCCUCGACCAGAGCCAUACCAUGUUUCCCUUCAACUUCCAACUCCCGGUCGACUCGGGCAGCCUCACUGCGGAUGCUACUUUUGGCGACGGCCCCGAUAUGAAGGAGUUUAUCACCUUAUGA